AUGAAGGGCUGGCUCCAGACCUUGGGCUUGACAGCCCUAUUGGCAACCUAUGCGCUUGCCAAUGAAACUGAACUGAAAUCUGACGAUGCGCACCGACAACGAUGCUCAGGGAUGUACAGUCGCAAAGCUUGGGGAGGAGAUGUUGACCCCUUCAUUCUGGUGAAAUUCACCAAGUCGGAAACCAAGGAUAGUGAUCCUUUGGCUAGUUUGGUGAUCUUUGAAUGGUCUGAUGAGGGAUUGAUUGGCCAGUACCGGUCCGGUGAUUCAGAGGUUAAGGAAACAAUCUGCGAUGCCUCCAACGUUGAGGCAAAGAUUUGCACUAAAGAACAGCUCGGCUCUUUCGUUCUCACUAGCAAUGCUACCGACGUCUCCUCAAGCCCUAUCAUCUCGAAAGCAAUCCACCUGAACAAUCCCGAUGCCGUGCAAUACCCCGUCAGGAAGACCGGAUUUUACUGCGUGAGCACCUAUGCAUACUCCGGCGAAGACUACAAAGCAGUGGUCACCUUCCGAAACUCAUACGGCGAGCUUCCCGCUGCACAAAUUGCAAAGCUUCCAUUUUAUGGGGCUCUGACGAUCGUGUACGCUGUUAUUGGAGUCUUCUGGGGCUUCCUUUACGUGCAGAACCGUUAUGACAUUUUGCCCGUCCAAAACUAUAUUACUGCAAUUAUAGUGUUCUUGAUCGUCGAGCAGCUGAUGACCUGGGGGUUCUAUGAAUACCAAAACCGCCAUGGUCUAAAUGGCGGCGCAAAGGCACUCAUGGUCAUUGUAGCAGUACUCAAUGCGGGUAGAAAUGCGUUCUCUUUCUUCCUCCUCCUAAUUGUCUGCAUGGGCUACGGCGUGGUCAAGCAUUCAUUAGGCCGAACCAUGAUCUUUGUUCGUAUCCUGGCCAUUGGUCACUUUGUGUUCGCGGUCGUCUACUCGGUUGCCAGUCUUUCGAUCACCCCUGAUAGCGCCGGUCCUCUGGUGCUUCUGAUUGUUUUGCCCCUCGCCGGAACAUUGACAGCUUUCUACGUGUGGACCUUGAACUCCCUGAACGCCACGAUGAAGGAUCUUAUUGACAGGAAGCAAAAGACCAAGGCGAUGAUGUACAAGAAGUUGUGGUGGUGCAUUCUUGGCAGCAUCAUUGUAAUCUUCGGUUUCUUCUUUAUCAACUCAUUCGCUUUCGCUGGACGCAGUGAUGCCAGCUUUGUGCCUGAGCACUGGAAGGCCAGAUGGUUUGUUCUUGAUGGCUGGCUCAAUCUGGUGUACCUGUUCGAUAUCGGAUUCGUGGCUUAUCUGUGGCGACCAACUGUCAACAACCGCCGCUUCGCCAUGAGUGAUGAGCUUGCUCAAGACGACGAUGGAUUCGAGAUUCGAUCAUUUGGUAGUGGGCUGGAUGAGGAAGAUGCCUAUGAUGCUCCUCCGGAUUAUCCUGGCAGCUCAGCCGCUGAGGGCCGUCGUGAUCUCUCCCCAGUUCCUCCCAAGCCCUUCUCCUCCUCUGCACCCCACAACCGUGAGUCAGUUGAGGAAGAGACAAUAUUCGCAGUUGGUGAAGAGGAUGGUGAGAGGUGGUCCGAUGAUGAAGAGUCGCCUCGCAAUUCAAGCGAGAGACAGAGACUCACUGGCAAAGACAAGGAAUAG